GCCUGGGUAGCAAACAUGGUGCCAGAGCGGGGCUGGACCGGGCUGAACGACGCAGACCACGACGGGACGUGGACGUGGGCCGGGGGCCAGGUGGCCAACCUGUCUUCGCCCUGGCUGGCUGGUGUUCAGCUCACGCCUGGGGGCUGCCUGGAGGUCAGACUCCGGGGAGAGGAGACUUUGGCUGUGUCACCAUGCUCCGAACGGAAACCGUGGGUCUGCAAGGGGACUUGGGCGCCCUGGAGCUCCUGCCCCACAGCACCCGGGUGGAGCGGCUGGAAUGGCAGCUGCUACUUCUGGCAGCCCUCGUCGGUCAGCGGGUGGCACGGAGCUCUGCAGGCCUGCCGGCGGUUCGGGAAGACCGAGCUGCUGUACCUGGACUCGCUCCAGGAGAAGGUACUUGCGGGACGACCCGGCAGACGGCGGCCUGAAGGACUGCGUGUGGCUUGACGCGGGAACCGGGCUGCUGCACGAUGCUCGCUGCGAGGAGGAGAGGCCCUUCCUGUGCAAGGCCGCCGAAGGCCUGGACCGGUUCGAGGAGUGGCCCGGCCGGGGCGUGGCGGGGGACCCGGGGCCACUCUUCCCCUCCGCGGAGGGCCUGGCGCAGGCACGGCAGGCCUGCUUGCUGCACCGCCGGGAGUGUGCCGCCGUCCUCCAGACCGGGUCGGGGUUCUACCUGCUCGCCUCCACGGAGGGGCUUGUCCCCAGGGCGGACUCAACGCUCUUUGUGUGGACCAUCUGCGCAGAGGGCUUCGCUGGCCCAGCCUGCCGCACCACCCUGGCACGUGCGCCCCGGCCGGCCUGCGACUGCAGCGGCCGCUUGCAGACGUCCGCCGGGAAAGUGUGCGGCGUCCCGGUGCAGGCCUGCGUGGACGACUGCCGGCGAGUGACCAGCUGGGCCAACUGCUCCGCCUGCCUGCCUUCCUGCACCGAGGCCAGCGUGAGCCAGCUGGAGCCAGAGCAGCUGGCCCUCGUCGCCAUGGCCAGGUGGAGGAUGUCGCGCUCCCUCAAUCUCACCACGGAAGACAAACAGGACCGGGGAAGCUCCUCCCGGAUCAUUUAUGACACUGGGCACCCGUGACAUGUCACCCACCCGAAAAGGGAGAGCACAGGGCCAAUAAAAGUGUUGUGGGGUUUCUCAUG